GGCGGGGAGAAAGAAAGAAACCUCACUAAAGCUCACUAACACUCAGCAGAGGAGAAGCCGCGGUUCACGACUGAGGGCGCGCACGGGAGAAUAUCUCGCAGACGUGGUGAAUAAAAGAAAAUCGAAGAAUCUCAAUCCAAGCACUCACAUUUUCUUGUGGAUUUUCAACGGUUUUGAUGUCGGCUGAUCUGUUGUGAAGCGUUUACCAGUUCAACUCUUAUUUUUUGGGGGGGGGGGGGAGUGGAGGUAACAUUUCAGCUUCAUUCGUGUCUUGUAAACGGAAUGAAUGACCAAGACAAAGGUUGACACCGGUUCCCCGACGCAUUUUGUCUCGUCGAAGGAGAAGAGGCAAAAGCAGAAAAUGGAGAGCAGCACCGGCGAACCAGAACAGCCGCCUGUGCAGCCGCUGCAAGUUAACGAGAAAAAGAAAACACACCGGGCACCGUCUCCAGCGAGACCCAAAGAUGUGCCCGGGUGGUCCCUCACUAAAAUCCGCGGAGGUAUCGGCACGCCGACGCUGAGCGUUAAACCGGGAGCCAUAUAUUUAGGCGGCCGCGUGUCCAGACGCAGCCCGGUUAACACCGGGAAAGAAACGAAAACAGAGAAGAGUAAACCGACCGGCAAGCCCGCGCUAUCCGCGGCCGGUGCUCAGAAGAGCAGCGCGAAGUCCAACAAAAGCGCUCGAAGAAAAGUUUCGGACGCCAGCAUCGGAUCGGAUGAUUUAAGCAAGGACUCCGGCUGCGCUCCGGGGAAACUCUCAGCCACCGACAGCAGCUCCGAGCUCUCGGACUGCGCCUCCGAGGAGAACAAGGUCUCCACAGACGCGCUCAGCAGUGACACCGAGACCAGCAGUCGCGGGGGGAUCGACGGUGAUAAAUCGGCAGCAGAACAUGGACUAUUGGACAAGAGUGGUCAAACCAAGACCAGCGUGGAGAAAGAGCGACUCUCGCUGGGAAUGGAGACCGUAGAGGGGAGCGUCUCUCCCGGCGACGAGCGCUCGCUCACCUCGUUCGACAGCAGGAUGCUCGCCAGCACUUCCCUGGCGUUUUCGGACCUGACCGAGGAGCUGAUGGACGGGAUGCACGAGGAAUUAAUCAGGGAAAUAGAGGAACUCAGGUCGGAAAAUGAUUAUUUAAAGGAUGAAAUGGAGGAGCUUCGCUCUGAGAUGCUGGAGAUGAGGGACAUGUACAUGGAGGAGGAUGUUUAUCAGCUCCAGGAGCUCAGACAGCAGCUGGAUCAGGCCAACAAGACCUGCCGCAUCCUGCAAUACCGCCUGAAGAAGGCAGAGAGACGCAGUAUCCGCGUGGCCCAGACCGGACAUGUGGACGGGGAGCUUAUCCGCACCCUGGAGCAAGAUGUCAAGGUGGCGAAGGAUGUGUCCAUCCGUGUGCACAAUGAGCUGGACACUGUGGAGAAGAAGAGAUCUCGCCUGGAGCAGGAGAACGAGGAGCUGAGGGUGAAACUACAGGAUCUGGAGGUGGCCAAGCAGGUCCUGCAAGCUGAGAUGGAGAAGGCCAGAGAGAACUCUCAGAAGAAGAGAGGUGCCAGACCAAACAACAAACCUGACAAAAAAGCAUCGCCUCAGCCUCCAGAGGACAGUUCAGACCUGAAGUGCCAGCUUCACUUCGCCAAAGAAGAGUCAGCUCUCAUGUGCAAGAAACUCACCAAGAUGGUCAAAGACAAUGAGGCCAUGAGGGAGGAAUUGUCAAAGUUUCGCUCUUUGUACGGAGAGGUUGAUGCCACACUUACUGUCGAAGAGGUCGCUGACUCUCCUCACACCCGAGAGGCCGAGGUCAAAGUACACCUGAAACUUGUGGAAGAGGAGGCGAACCUUCUAAGCCGACGGAUCGUAGAGUUGGAGGUGGAGAACCGCGGCCUUCGCGCUGAAAUGGAUGACAUGAAGAUCCAGGAUUCCCCGGGUGGAGUCGGGGUCAUGGGUGGAGUUGGGGGUCACCUGCUGCUUUCCACGUCUGAGAAUGUGAUGGAGCUACAGCGCCAUCUACAGUUCGUGGAAGAAGAGGCGGAUCUGCUGCGGCGGUCUCUGAUAGAAAUGGAAGAGCAGAACAAGCUCUUGAUGAACGAGCUCAACCACUACAAAUCCGAGCUUCCCGCUGUCAAUGAGAUAGAGCUGUCGCCGUCCACAACCAUCAAUUCACCCAAAAUCAUUCCUGGUGCUUCUGAAGAUGAGGGAUCCGGUCUAAAUGAAACCACCCAUAAAGAACUGCUUGCUGCCAGGCUGCAGAUCGCAGAGCUGAAUGGCAAAGUAAAGAAGCUCCAGUAUGAGAACCGUGUGCUCCUGUCCAACCUUCAACGGUGUGACUUGGCCUCCAACCAGGGUUCCGCACGUCCAGCGCUGGAAACCGAUGCCGAAGCAGGGGACUCAGCUGAGUGCGUCCCCAGCCAGGUGCACCGCGAAGGCCCGGUGGGCGACGAGCAGCACGAUAUUCUGGAGGAAAAUAAUCCUACAUUUUCAGUAACAAGUCACUCUUCUACUGCUCAGGGCCUCAGCAUAAAAGACCUUUUCGCUAUCCGCGACCAAGCGCAAAUCAUUACCUCAGCCAUUCAGCUUCUAACAUCACCCGACCCCUCCAGUGUCACACCAGAUGCUGUCUAUCGUAAGAUUACAACAAAUGAGUCUGCGGAAGCGGAUCUGCUGGAGAAGAGCCAGACCCAGAGCUCCACGCUGCCCCUGGUGGAGGCCCUGCAUGGCAGACUGCAGUCCCUCCAGGCUCAGCUACAGGCCCUCAGUGAGAGGGUGGAUGCCCUGGGGCAGCCCUCAGAGAGGGAGUGUGUGGAAGGGAUGUCCCUGAUGCCCCUGCUGUCUGAGGCGGACGACCCUGCAGCAAAUUGCUCAUUCCCUGCAGAUGCUCAGUUCAACCAGAACAUGGCCCAACAGAAGCCUGACUCUAGAGAUCAGCCAGACUGUGAGGUCAAAGUUCACCCAUGCAAGGCAGAGGAGGAGAGCAACAGCCACAAAGACAGCAACAAAGAUGAGGAAUCUGACUUAAAGGAAACAAACUCUGAUCUGAUUGGUGAGCUGCACACUCAGUUGUCUGAGGCAAGAGAGAAGGCUCAGGGAGCGCAGGAAGCGUUGUCACAGGAGAGACAUGCGCGCCACAACGACACACAUAAACUCUCUCAGCUUCAGGAAGAGCAUCAGAAGGCCCUCCUCCUCAGAGACUUCCAGCUACAGAGCCUGAGCCUCCAGACGCGUCUGCAGCAGAAGCUGUGGAGUCAGGAGAGAAACCUGCUGGUGCAGGAGUCACAGCAGCUCAAAGAGAGCCUGCUCCUCAUCAGCCUCAAGCUGCGCUGGCUCCUCAAACAGUGGAGACUCGGCAAGAAACUAGACACUGAGAGCAAGGAUAUCCUCGAGGUUAACAGUGUCAAAGAUCUCCGUAUCCUGCUUGAGGAAGAUGGGCUGUCCUCCCACUAUGGAGACAACAAGAUGUCUGCUGCUGAGGAGCAACCCCUCAACCCUACACCCAAAGAGCACAGCCUGGCAGAGAAAAGCUGCCCACAGCAGCCUAGCGGAUUCGGCAGUACUCUGUCGGACCUGAAGGUGGCGCUACAGGAUCUGAGCGCUGAGCUGCGCGAGGAGCGUCAGAGUUCACAGGAGUUAACACAGCAGUUUGCCCGUGCCAAAGCAUCAUGGGAAGUGGAACGGAUGGAACUCAAGAGCAUUAUCACUCAGCUGGAGGGUAAGAUGGGGAAGGCAUCUGUGGCUGGGAGUGAAAAGGAUUCUUCAGACCUCAAGGGGGCACUAAGGAAGGAGCGAGAGGAGCAUCAACACUUAUUGGCGGACUCUUACGCUGCCGUGAUGGACCUCACCAAACAACUGCAGAUUGGUGAGAAGAACUGGAGCCGAGAGAGGCUAGAGCUUUUGGAGCACUUCAACCAGGAAAGAAGCCAAUGGGAACAACAUAUGCGAGAUUCCCAGAGCAAAGGCGCACAGUCUCUUCAUGAUAAAAUGUCUGAGAAGGAAACCUUAACAGAUGUAGCCACAAGCAGUUCAGCACUGCAAAGGACCAAAUCGGUUUCUGCCCUCUCUGAAUUUAAGAGUCUGCUGGACACCAGUCUGUUCCUUCCUGGUCACAUGGUCAGUGGAGUAAAAGAGUGCAAUGUUGCACAGCACCAAUCUACUGCUCCGGCCUCCAUUCUGGCUUGCACUGACUUAAGUGAUCUCAACAAAAAGAAUUGGAAGUACCUGACCAGCGAUUCAGCAAUAUUGGAAAAGCAUGACCAGUUUAAGACAUGGGACUGCCCAAGCACCAACUCGAACAGCAGCUUCCCAGGACUGGAGCUAAGCAAGGAGUACAUCCAGAGAAGCUACACUGCUCCAGAUAAGACGGGCAUUCGCAUCUAUUACAGCCCUCCAACAGUGCGGAGAAUGGAGAGGAGACCAGUCAAAGAAAAGGCCCACCAGGAUCCCCAGCAAGGACUAUCAUCUAGGGAUGCAGCCAUGAUAGGUCUAUCAGGUCAGACUGCUGUGUCCGUACCCUUAUCCACCACUUCCUCAUCCGCUUAUGAGCAGUGGUUGAGCUCACUUUCACAGCAGCAUAGAGACCUGCUUGAAGGGCGGACAGGAGGUUCUGCACCUUUCCAUGGACUGGAGAUUUCAGGCAACCUUAGCGAUGACAUGAAGGAGAUGACAAACUGUGUACGACAGGCCAUUCGUUCCAGUUCCCUGGAGAGGAAGUGCAGCAAAGAUUCUGGGAGCCAGACAGUAGGUGUUUCUAGUACAGGAACGCAGACAGCACAGUUUGUCAGCAUUGGCCUACAAACUGAUGCCAUUUCAACUACUAGAGGCCUUCAAGGGAAAACAUGGUCUCCUCGUCCAUCCACCUCACUUGCAUCUGCACGCUCCCGACAGAUCUCUUCAUCUCUGGAUAAAGUGCACAGUCGCAUAGAUAGACCCUGUUGCUCACCAAAAUAUGGCUCACCUAAGCUCACCCGCAGAGUUUCCACCUCCUCCUCCAAACUCGAGACCUCCUCAACAUCCUCAAGGGAUCGCAGUGUCUGGAAUCUGCAUAACCGUAGUGGAUCUCAGAUUGGUUCUGCCUGGGCACGUUCCACCACCACACGUGACAGCCCAGUGCUUAGUGGCCUAAAUGAUGGCUUGACCAGUCUGUUCAGUGUGGUGGAACACUCCGGAAGUGUUGAAUCAUUAUGGAAAGCAGAUCAGUGCCCAGGGAGACAAGCCGCUGGGAAACCCUCCUGUCCUAGUAUAGGUAUCGGUCUGGGAGAAGCGGGAUCUCAGAAGUAUGGCAUGGUCCAGGAGUUUCUUUCCAAUGUUUGCGCCAGGACUGCGCCAGCGGGCACAAUGGACGAACCGAAGCCUGAAUACCUACCUGGAGCCUUGAUUGGCACAGACAAUAUCACAAAGAUCGUCAACAAGAGGUUUAUGAAAACACAAAGAGACGAUUUGGUAGCCACCGGAAAGGAUGCAAUGAGCACAAGCUCUAGUACCUUGGAGGAUUCAGUUUGUGACUGCAACUCACAAACCGUCACUUCUUGUUUUGCCCGCCACUCCCGCUCCACCACACGACAUACCCAUGGUCAGUGCAAGCACCGAGAGCAAGAGUCAUCCAUGGGAACUGAAGAACGAUUCGAUACCAGUAUUGAGUGAGGAUGACCCUCUUCUGACGCUUCCCAAAAACUAUACAAAAUAAACAACUAUCAACAGUCACACCACACAAACUGCCACACAAAUCCACUGCCACAUACGCCAAUACACACAGACACACCUACAAAACAAACACACAUACUUCAUAUCUUAAACAAACAAACAAAAAACUUCAGGGUUACAACAAUGGGACCUUGGAGAAUUCCUGCAUCUGGAGAGUUUCCAAACCAGACCUCAGUGUAACCAGCACACUUUAAUGCCAAGGAUGGGGAGAAAGUAGAGCUCCCUUUUAGGUCCACCAUUCCACUGUCAAGAUUUCACAUUGUUAGUCCGUCAUUCCAGUGUAAACCAGCCAGUCCUGACUUUGAAUUCCACAAUCAUUUAGUCAGGCCUCUCCUUAAACUCAGCCAUUCCUCUGUUCUUUAUCCAGCCAACAGGACAGCUUAGCCAGCCAUUUCGAUACCCAUGGGAGAACUUGAGUAAUCCAAACCCAAGUUGACACCAGGUCUUAAUGAAUUUCAUGUAGAUAUCAAGGAAACAUAAAGCAUGCAGCUGAACUACACAAACCAAGAACCUCAACAUGGCCUUCAGUAAGAGUAAAACUUAUCAUCACAACUGCCCAGUGGCCCUUACUCUUGCCCACAAAUAGUAUUGCUUGGAGUAGCUGUAAAUUUGUCCCAUAACCAGCAAUUGAUGGAUUCUACGAGUUCAUGUACAACUUACCUUUUUAAAAA